UUUGCUUCUUGAGCAUAUUUUGACAAGGAAAAGGUUAUAGUAGCUAUGUAAGUUAUAAGCAACAAUGCAAUACCAAAUUAUGAUGAGGAGAUGAAGUUCUGCUAGCAACAAUCCAUGGAGUCACAACAGCACAAACAAUUGAAAUGUUAAAUAUCUGCUGUUUAAAUCAGAGGCUAUAAUAUUAAUUUUCUUAGCUCGGUCUUAAAAAUUUCCAAUGUAAUGUGAAUCUUUAUUGAAUUUUUAAUUAAAUAAGUCGCGAGAUAAGAGUAAGGCCAUGCAACUUCUUUUGGAAACUGAUUUCCAAUUUUUUAAAAAAAUAUAAUAACCUAUAUUUUUAGUUCUACUUUUUCUGCAAUAUGCAUUUUUUUAAUGAUGAAUUUAUAUUCCUAUCAAAAUGUUUAAAGUACUAUUUAUUAAAUUGUGAUUUUAUUUUGAGAGAUCAUAUUUAAAUGCCACAAGUUACAUUUUAAUGCAGUAAAAUGACUACUAUUAACUUUUCUAAAUUAAAUUCUAACGAGAUUAAUCAAGAUGAAACUUUCGAUCCAUGUUCUAAGCUUUAUAUCUCUCUCAUUGGUAAACCAAUUGAAAUAGGCCAUUUUUCAAUUGAUUCAAAUAAAAGAAUGCAUUUUGAUAAAAGACAAAUGAAGUAUCUACUUUCUGAUUUAAAAAUUGGAGAACUCGAUUUAAAUGCGGAUUAUUCUCCUGGUUUACUCCAGCAAUAUGUCACAAUAGAAAAGCUACAUACACUAUUGAAAUGGAUAUUACAUUUCAAAGUUAAGCUGAAUGUAGAUUUUGUCACAGUACGUGGAACUUUGUCCAGAAUUAUGUGUACUCCUUACUCAAGUAAAACAUACCGGAAUAACUGGGAUAUAUGUGCAACAAAAUUGAAUGGAAUUAUCUAUCUUACUGCUGUUGACACAGACAAAGAAAUAGCUCGUAUAGAUGAAUUUCCACAGCUGGUACGAUAUAUGUCUUGGGGAUACAAAUUUGAGCAAUAUUUAACAACUGCUCAAGUCGAUGGUGAGGUUGACUUAACUUCUAGAAACAAUCAUGAGGAAUAUUGCAUUGUUUUGAAAAAUAAGUUUAAUGAUUUUUCUUUACUAUACCAAGCAGAAAUUGAUGCAGUUAUACCUCAUCAAUUUUCUCAGACUGGGUCAGGUGAUACUUCAUGCUAUAUUGAACUGAAGACCUCCCAAAUUUUAAAAAGAACCACUGAUGUUUUUAAUUUUUGCAGUGGUAAAUUAAAUACAUGGUGGGCGCAGUCCUAUUUAACUGGUAUAACUGAGAUCAUAUGUGGCAGAAGAAAUGAGAAUGGUAUUGUUAAGUAUUUAGACUUCUACAAAAUUAGUGAUAUCCAAGACAUGGCUUACGGGCUAUGGUCGCCAGAAGUAUGCCUAAAUUUCUGUGAUAAAUUUUUGAAACUAGUCAAACGAACAGCAACUGAAGAUAAUCCUAACAUCGUCUACAAAUUUUCCUAUACCGGUGAUGGAAUAGUUCAUAUAGAAAAAUUAGCAAAUCCAGAAGACAAAUACAAGGUUUUACCUGGCUGGUACAAGACUGCUAUGGAGUAAAUUGGUUUACAGUAUAUAAAUGAACAAAAUUUAUUACAGGAUAAAUAAGCAAGAAAGUUAUUGGAAUGAUAUCAUGAUAUUAAUCAAGUCACAUUGAAUUCAAUCAUUUUUUAUGUUAAUGUUUUAAAUUUAUAUGACUUCAAAGUUACAGUUCUUUUGCUGUUACAAUUCUUUUAUAUUUUUCUAACUAAAAUGACUUAUAAAAAAAAAAGUUGUA